CCUCUGUGUAAGAGACAGAGCAGAUCUUGACAUUGUGAGGAAGAUGAAUGUCUACAUAACAGGUCAGGACAUACAUCCAGGACAGGACAACAGCUCCUAAAGCUGCUGAGACAAAUACAUGCAAAGGACUACAACCAAACAGAGAGGGAGAGAGAGACAGAGAGAGAGAACGCAGCAAGCCCAGAGGGAAGGACAGCAGCAUUUCAGAGAGGGCAAAACAGGGUGGAAGAGGCAAUAUAAGGACCUUAAAAAGGACCUAAACAGCAAAACUGAAAAGCUGCCUUGUGGGGUUUUCUCCUCCUCUCUGCACACGGAAACCUACUCUGUCUCUUGCUGUCUGCAGAUAACUCCCACUGCUGCUGCUGUGAGGUUAUAGUCUCCGUGCUUCUGUGCACAGCACCAGAACAGACUGCUUUGUAGUCCGAGACCAUGAGCGAGGCGAAGAAAGGUGAGCUCGCCAUUCGGGAUAAAGCCAUUCUGCACCAGCAGAGGCGUCUGAAGCAGGCCACCCAGUUCACACACAAGGACUCAGCUGACCUCCUGCCCCUGGACGGGCUGAAGAGACUGGGCACGUCCAAAGACUUGCAACCUCACAGCAUUGUCCAGCGCCGCCUGCUGGAGGGAAACAUCACGCGGCUGCGAGGUGAGGCCCGGGACCCCAGCACUCGGGUUCGGUCCCCGCUGGCCGACACUAAAGAUGGACCCACCGACGCUGAGGAGAGGAGCGAGAGCACAGCUGACGACUCCACAGAGGAGAGGGAGUCUCUGGAAGAAAGCGAGAGGAGCCUACGAUCGGACGAGGAGGACGACAGCAGCGAAGCCGGAGCCAGACAGACAGCUGAGAAGACCGAGGGCACGGAGAGCUCGACCCUCCUCACAGCUCUGGUUGUUCAAUGCAAGUGCUGCGAGACUGAAGUCAAGGCAUCCAUCAACACUGGCAGCCAACAUAACCACAUCUCCACCUCCUGCUGCCAGAGGCUGGGACUGGUGCCCAGUCAGGACAGUUCACCAUGUGGUGUGAGCAGCUCAGUGACGGGUCUGCAGCUGCAGCUGGGCAGACAGAUGGUCCAGUGUUCAGCCUAUGUCAAAGAGGAUGAGGCGUUUGAGCUGUGCCUGGGUCUUCAGACUCUGUUGGAACUUAAAUGCUGCUUGGACCUGAGCAGUCGGGUCCUGAAGCUGCAGGGCUGUGACGAGGAGCUGCCCUUCCUGAACCCUUCGACCGACAGCCAGUGCCAACAUGACACCAACGAGAACCUGUGAACCCGGCUCGAUGGCGGCAAUCACGUCCUCGAAUACCGACCGGUUGCAGCAAUGUGGCGCGAUGCCGUUUGUGUCUGGACCAUCCGAUCAUCAGUGUCUCACACUGCCAGAGCAAGGAUGAGCGUUCGCCACCGUCGUUCUUGAGUUUACAUCAUUGUGUUUGUAGAAUUAAGACAUUCACCAUGAUUAUCUCUUAUAUUAAAUUAGUCUAGUUCACAGAGCGGAUGAUAGCCAGUCAGCUGGCUGAUCCGAUCUCUGUGAGUCUAAUCAUUCUCUAUGAUUAUACUGUAUAUUCAAACCAGUUCCUCUGUUGAGCUGCUUGGGUGCACUGAUGCUCUCUAAAAGGGAAAACUAUCAUAAUUAUUUAAAGUGAACUUUGGUGGAAUAUUUUGUGAUUUGGCUGUAAAAAAUUUUUACUUUAAAUCAAGUCAGUGACAAAAGUGUUAAUUGUAAACCUAAAUCAUUUCAGUUUAGACGUUGUUAAAGGAAUAGUUUCAUAUUUUUGGACAUCUGCUUGUUUGUUUUCUUACUGAAAGUAAGAUGAGAAGGUUCACAGCCAGCAGCCAGUUAGCUUAGCUUAGCAUAAAGACUGGAAAUGGGGAAAGAGCUAGCCUGGCUCUAUCUGAUGGGAACAGUUUCUGUUCUCCAACAGCUCUAAAGCUCACAAGUUAACAUGUUAUAUUUUGUUUGUUUAAUCUGUAAAAUGGCAAUUUGUGGUUUUACAGAACAGGAAGUCAUUAUCAGAUGAGCACAAGAAACACAAAUUCAAAGCAAUAAUGUUGUUAUAUGUUCAUAUAACUGAACUAAUGUUUCGAUCAGUUUGGUAAAGGUUUCCAUUUGCACUAACAGUGCUUGAAGUGGCAGAAGCCGGACAUUUUACCCAUAUAACCAGGACUUCUACUCAGCUUCUCUGCUCACUUGCUAACUAGUUUUCACACACAUUAAACUGUAACAUGUAAUGUACAGGUGCACAGCUGAUCAAUAUGGGAAUAUUUUCUGCUAAACAAAACAUUAUUUCUAUUUAGCCACCAUACAAUCUUACCACUGACCCCUGGCACCUAACAACCCCUGGUUUUGACGCACUGGGUUAAACAAACGAGACAUAAAGUGUUAAUUACUGAGAUUCAACAUAUUCAGCUACCUUUGGACAGAGCCAGGCUCACUGUUUGCCUAACAGCUGCUGACUGCAACCUUAUAUUUACCAGACAUUUAUGAAAGUGGGUAUCAAUCUUCUCAAGAUCAACAAGAACGUGAAUAAGCAUAUUUCCUGAAAUGUCAAACCGUUCCUUUAAGAAUCAACAUGACUCAUCUGAGAAGUGUCGUACUCAGGAUGCCCUUUCCAGUGUGUUCAAAGGAAAUUUUGAGAAGUCUUUAAGUAUUUUUUUUUGAAGUCUUGUGAAAUUAGGUGUGGAUCACACUACCUCCUUAAGUAACAAGGACCGGUUCUCAUCUAGAAUUUUAAAAGAGGUGUGAGGAAAAUACCACAGUUUCUGAAGUACUUAUAAUCAGCUUUGUAAAGCCCCUUAGCUCUUUCUUACCCUAUCAACGAGACUGAUGUGGUUACAUUUUCCUGGAGCACACUUGCAGUCUGCCACGAUGGCGUAGACUGAAUUGCAGUAGUUCCCUAUAAAUCCCUCCUAAUAAAAAUAGACUUCAGGCCAGCCAGUCAAACAUAUGUGAGUCAGACUCAGCUACAGGAAUAUCAAAACAUUCCAUCUGCAUGACUUUGUAAAGUUCUGCCUUUGUAUAAGUCUGCAUGUUUGUGUACUAGUCUGAUUGUGUCACGUUGAAAGUCUGAAGGGGCCGGACGUGUGUGCUUUCGUGUGCAUGUACAGAAUGUGUGUUAGGAGUCAAAGUGGGGUUUUUCUGCCUUGCUACGGCUCUGGUUUCACAUGGGGGGGGGGGGGGGGGGGGGGGGGGGGUCCAAUCUUCCCCAACCGGUCCACCGAGCUCCGGCCAGAACAAGCUGCCAAAAGCCGACCCCAGCUGCCUUCCCUCUCUGCCUCUUUCAGGAGAUUUUAAUCACUCGGCUGAGGCUGUGCCAAGGCCCUUCUUCAAGCUCAUCUUCCUCUUUAUUCGGAGGACCGGUCUUCUUUGUGUAUUUACCACCUUUUUGGCUGAUGUUAUUCACUUUGACACCUCAUGUUUGCUAAUUUGCCUGUCACAAGAGAACGAAAAGAACUCCCCACUACAGUGCCACCUGCCUCUCUUGUCUCUCUGUGUUUUCAUGGUGUGGAGAAUCAAGAGCUGCCUCAGAUGUGCUUACCGAAGGCCAUCAUGCUCUGCUUUAAUAACACCUGAGCCGUGCCGUGCUUUUGACUGUGCUACAGUAUCCAUCUAACCUCUUCGUGGAGGUUGUCCACAUGUAGAUUGGCAAUGUUUGUUUCUCUUCGAUGUGCUAGUGACCUUCCUACGCCGUAUGAGAGGAAUCGAUGUAUGACAGAAAUUUAUUUUUGGUGUUUCUCUUAUUCUGAACAGUAUUUUCUCUGCCUAAUAAAAUAUGUAUUC